AAUAUUAUUUCCGUUUCCGUUACCAAUAAGCUUUACGAUAUUGUCAUAUGGCAUUCAACUCGACCCGUGUUUGUUCGUGAGCCGCAUAGUCUGUACCGUACCGUAACGCAUCUUUGUUUCGAUUCAUCUAUUAUCCAAGUGUAAUUACUGUAGUUGAAAAUUCAUACGAAAUGUCUGAAAGAGAGGACUAUUUUUAUAAAGCUAAACUAGCGGAGCAAGCUGAACGUUACGAUGAAAUGGUGGAGGCCAUGAGAAAGAUAGCCUCACUCAACCUCAAAUUGACAGUGGAGGAGAGAAACCUCCUUGCAGUUGCCUACAAGAAUGUGAUUGGAGCCAGACGUCCUAGCUGGAGGAUGAUUUGCAGCAUAGAGCAGGAGGAAAAGAGCAAAAGAAAACUUGAAAUAAUCCGCACCUACAGGAGUCAGGUUGAGAAGGAGUUGCAAGAUAUCUGCUCUGAUAUUAUUGGAAUUCUUGACAAGCAUCUUAUUCCCAAUGCUUCUAAAGGCGAAUUCAAAGUUUUCUACAUCAAAAUGAAAGGAGACUACUACAAAUACCUGGCAGAAUUUAGCACUGGGACUGACAGGAAAAAAGCGGCGGAGAAUUCACUCACAGCAUAUGAGGUGGCAAGUGGCGUUGCUAUGAAGGAACUUCCAGCUCCCCACCCUAUCAGAUUGGCUCUUGCUCUGAACUUGUCGGGUCUCUACUACGAAAUCCUGAAUUCACCGGAUCAAGCAUUUAGUGUGGCAGAUGCUGCGCUCAAUGAUGCAAUUGCUGGAUUGGACACAUUUUAUAAGGAGUGUCUCAAGGAAUAAAUUAUCAUGCAGCAUCUCAGAAACAACUUGGACCUUUGGACGUCAGGAUCAUACUCAUUCCACAUGCAAGACUAAGGAGAAGCUGAACAGAAGGAGCAAUUGUGGGAUGUGGAAAAUCAUAAAUGUGAUGCAGUGUUUGCAAAUGAUUACUGUAUUGUAAUUUGUAUAAA